UCAGUUGCUGGAAUUGUGAACUCUGCCCAUUUCCGUGCACAUUUAUCUUCCACUAUGAGCAGAUCGGUUGUCUUGCACUUUUGUCUGGCUUUCGGUGGCCUUCUGUUUCUUAACUUUGCCACACAAUGUUUGGCUUUCCCCAAAAGAGAACAAGAGCGGUCUGAGAGGAUCAGUGUGGAUGACCUGGAAAAUAGUUCCAUGACUCCGAAGCAGACACGCCAGCUGGUGUCCUCUGAAGAUGCAGUAAGAGCCUCCCUAGAACCAUCAGCAGUGUCAUUAAAUAACAUCCUCUUGAGUGACAAAGAGAUCCAGCCUACAGGAGCUGGGCUCCUGCAGUCAAGCAGUGCUGGUCUUUAUACUGCUACGGAGCAGGAGGUUCUGGCAGGUGAGGAUGUGUUUGGUUCCAGCCAGCCUGAAGGUCUGUCUGCUGAGAGUGAGCUCCCCAAGGCCACCCAAGCUGUCGCCCUCCUUGCAGCUGCUUCUCCAAAUCCCAGUGUGCAGGAGGGACCCUUGAGCAGCAGCCACAGUCAGCCCCUUGUAGAAAGGCCCAUGGAAACAACACAGAGUUUCCUGACCUAUUUGGAUGAUCAGUUGUUUGCAACUGGCAGUCAGGAGGGUGUCAAUCUGAGACGUACACCUUCAUCCUAUAUGGACAGUAAAGAAAUGGGAACCACCAGUCCAAGGACAGAGAAACUUGAAGGAGCCACAGACCAGAGAACAACUUCUUUUACUGAUGCCAAAUCUGAAGCAGACACUGUACCCGGAAGCCUCUCGCCUAAUGGGGAGAAACCCUCACAGAUGACAGCUGAGAUGACCCAGACCACUGCCUCCGAGCACUUGUUGGUGGCAACUGCCAUGUAUACCCUGAGUGUGGAGCCGGAAGCUGACAGCUUGCUGGGAGCCCCAGAAAUCACAGUGAGCACUGGCUUGGCUGUCCCAGCCACCUCUGUCCUAAGUGAAGAAUGGGAUGACACCAAAUUGGAGAGCCGAAGCCAGAUAAGGACCCCAAAAGCAGACAGCCUAGAGGUAACAGAAGUGGCGGAGGUGGCUCUGGGGCUUCCAGAAGGAGAAGCACUCACAGUCCCAUCCCUGCUGACUUCACAGGGGGACGAGAGAGCUGCCUCCGCGCGCCUCAGGUCCUCUGCUCCCACGAGCCUGGGAGAUCUGGCGUUUUCUGAUGUGAGCCUGUUUCAGGGUCCCGAAGGCAUCUUGGAUUCCACCAAGGAAGAAGGCGCCGAGUUCCUCACAGAGACAACCGAGUCUGUGUCAGAGGUCCUGUCGGAGGCGUAUGGGCCUCUGGGACAUGCACUGAAAGACACCAUUACUCCAGAAAUGACAACGGCUGCUCAAGACCCAGAGACCUCUUUGCCCUUCGAGACCCCAGAGCAGGCCGCCACCCUGGAGGCUCCUGGAGGCCAUGAGGAGGGUGAGAAAGCUGAGGAGGCCGCUUCUCUUGUGUCCGGUGCUCCUGGUGUGACUCAGCUGUCCAGAGGAUGGGGGCCUUUGGCCACUACAGCUUCAACCACAGCAGCCCCUCUGCUGCUUGAAGUCACCCCUGCUGCAGAAGGCUUCGUGGACACAGUCACACUGCCGAAUGAGGAAUCCAACCCCGCGUGGGGCUUUCAGGUGACACCUGUUGGAGUGGUGACGGAGGUGACUGGCUCCUCCCUGGCUCCUCCUGCUUCUGAGGCCUCACUGGAAGGAAAAGCUCCUUUCAGGAGUGCUGUGCACACAGCCACCCCGUAUGGCCUGGAACAGCUCGAAUCUGAAGAGGGAGAAGACGAUGAGGAUGAAGAGGAUGAGGAAGAUGAAGAUGAGGAAGAGGAGGAGGAGGAGGAGGAAGAAGAGGAGGAGGAAGAGAAAGAUACAGACUCCCUAGACGAGAGCUUUGGUGAUGACACCGAAUUGCGGGGCUUUACUCUCCCUGGGGUCACCUCCCAGGAGCCUGGCUUGGAGCAGGGGCUCAGGGACCCGCUGAGGGGAGCCACGUACCAGGUGCCCGAUGCCAUCGAGUGGGAGCAGCAGAAUCAAGGCCUGGUGAGAAGCUGGAUGGAAAAACUCAAAGACAAGGCUGGCUACAUGUCCGGGAUGCUGGUUCCUGUAGGAGUGGGGAUAGCUGGGGCCUUGUUCAUCUUGGGAGCGCUGUACAGCAUUAAGGUUAUGAAUCGCCGAAGGAGAAAUGGCUUCAAGAGACAUAAAAGAAAGCAGAGAGAAUUCAACAGCAUGCAAGAUCGAGUAAUGCUCUUAGCUGACAGCUCUGAAGAUGAAUUUUGAAUUGGACUCUGGUUUCACUGGGAUAGUCAAUGAUGUUAUUAUUUUAUUCUGAUUUUGAGGCAAACAACAACAAUCGCAACAACGUCAUGCCGCAUUGCUGCUGUGAGGCCAUCCGUCCUAGGAUCUGCUGAGUGGUAGAUUGUUCUUAUUCUGAGCAGAAAAGGCAUGCUGUAAAGUAAACGUAACACAGUGUUUGGUUCUGCUGUAGUGAAUUUCCUGUCAUCAUGGGCUGUGAUUUAUACACACACAGCACACACGUCGUUUUGUAAAAGUAGAGGGAUUAGGUAGAAUAAACUUUUCCCUGGUUUGGAUUACCUGAAUUAACUGUAAUGGUUGUUGCCACUGAGGCAUGCUUGCCCUUGAAAUAGAGAUCUUAGCGAAGAGUAA